CAUAUUCAGUCGUAAUGGAUCACACACGAGACCCAUGCCCGUAAGUGGACCCAGCCGGGGAGGCAAGCGUUUGGCAAUGCCUCGCGCCGCCUCCACCCAAAGACAAUACCGCCGGAGAUAACUACUGAUUAUCAUCAGAUGGAUCAUUCUCAAUGAUUUCGGUGGAGCGUUUGCUAUGGGGGCUGUCGGCGGUGCCAUAUGGCACGGUAUUAAAGGCUUCCGCAACUCCCCCUACGGCGAGCGACGUAUCGGUGCCAUCACCGCGAUAAAAUCUCGUGCCCCCGUUCUCGGCGGCAACUUUGGUGUCUGGGGAGGUCUUUUCAACACAUAUGACUGUGCAGUCAAGGGCAUAAGGAAGAAGGAGGACCCAUGGAACGCCAUCAUCGCCGGGUUUUUCACUGGUGGAUCCCUCGCUGUGCGAGGCGGCUACAAAUCUAUGCGCAACGGUGCCAUCUCUUGCGCGAUAUUGCUCGCUGUCAUUGAGGGCGUCGGUGUCGCGUUCAACCGCAUGAUGGCCGAAAAUAUGAAGCACGAGGCGCCGCCACUGCCUCCAUCUCAGCCAAGCGAACCAUCUGGUGGCGUGGCUGUGGCAGCAUAAUUUUUGGUCCAUUCUGUUCGAAAGUCUAGUCUUUUUAAUGCUAAAAAGAGGUCUGUCCU